UCAUCAAAGAAGUAAAUGACAGAAAGGGCCAACCCUGCAGGGGAGAAACCUGCAUUUGUAUCUGGUCCUGCAGACAUGGAGGGGUCCAGUGACAGGCUCUUCUGCUGCAAAUGGCUGCGCCACAGAGUUCCGUUGGCCCACAGGGAAGAACUGUACCACAUCCUGAGGAUGACAGUCCCUCUGCUGCUCUCUCGCAUCCUCAAUUACCUGCUCCCCUUUGUGGUCACCAUGUUCUGCGGGCGUCUGGGAAACGAAGUGAUGGCUGGCUACGGAUUAGCUUCUGCUACCAUUAAUAUUACGACUGCGGCAACGGGAUGUGGUCUGGGACUGGCUUGCGAUACUUUGGUGUCUCAGACAUUCGGUGGUAAGAACCUGCUGCGGGUGGGAGUGAUCCUUCAACGGGGCACCAUCAUCCUGCUGCUGUUCUGUCUGCCCUGCUGGGGUCUGCUCCUCAAUGCCCAGGCCAUUUUGUUGUGUCUGGGCCAGAACCCCGAGGUGUCCAGAAUAGCCCAGCUGUAUAUUACAGCCUUCCUUCCUGCCGUACCAGCCAUGUUUCUCCAUCAGCUUCAGGUGUCAUAUUUGCAGAACCAGGGUAUAAUACUGCCACAAAUGUACGCUGCUGCCGUGGCAAACAUAGCAAAUGUCGUGACAAACUACAUCUUUCUUUACUGGCUGGAUCUGGGUGUUGGCGGAUCAGCAGCAGCCAAUACUCUGUCUCAGAUUUACAUCUGCACAUUUAUGUUCGCUUACAUUUGGUGGAAGAAGCUCCAUGUAAAAACAUGGGGAGGCUGGUCUCGGGAAUCACUGCAGGAGUGGGGCUCCUACAUGAAACUGGCUUUUCCCAGUACAUUAAUGACGUGUUUCGAGUGGUGGGUUUAUGAGUUUGGCGGGUUCUUUGCAGGAAUGCUGAGUGAAGACGAGCUGGCCGCCCAGCAUGUUGUGAUAAUGGUGGCUUUCAUAACCUACAUGUUCCCUCUUGGUAUUCAAGCUGCAGCAUGCGCCCGUGUGGGUAAUGCUCUCGGUGCAGGAGACACAGGCAGGGCCAUCCUCACCUGCAAGAUGUCCUUUGCUCUUGCAGGUAUCUUUGCAGUUGUUGAAGGUAUUUUGCUCGGCUCUACUAAAACAGUGAUCGGCUACCUCUUCACCUCUGACGAGAAGAUCAUUGGUCUGGUCUCCCAUUUGAUGAACGCUUACUGUUUCCUCCAAUUCUUUGAUGGUCUUGUGUGUGUGUGCACGGGCAUCUUCUUGGGAACGGGAAAACAGAAGAUACCAGCUGUGGCCAAUUUUAUUGGAUACUACUGCGUAGGACUCACAAUGAGCGUAGUUUUAACGUUUGUUGCCAAACUGAGAAUUUUGGGUUUUUGGCUGGGUUUGCUCAUUUGUGUUGUUCUGCAGUCCACCUUCUACAUCACCGUCAUCUUCAAGCUCGACUGGAUCAGAAUGACGGAGGAGGCUGUAAAACGGGCUCAGAAAAAGACACACGUGACAUUAUUAAGCCCAGCUGAUGACCAGACAGCAAGUAAUGGGAAAUCAGGGGAAGGCGACUUAUUCGUGGGCCCGGAGGGGCACAACGGGGACGCGGACACGCAGCGUGGUCAGGUGGUCCCGCUGAAAGGCGGCCGUCUCUCUACCACCCAGCUCGUCCUCAGGAGGGGCCUCACCGCGUUCGCAGCGGUUGGACUUCUGGCGGUGGGAGCGACGGUGCACUUCCUGGUGCCGCUGCCCGAGAGCCAGGCUUCAGAGGCCAACUUCACUUUGGACUGGAUUAACACGACGUAUACUCCUCAUCCAAAUCUUUCCACCGAACUGGUCCCAAUUAUGGCAUAAGAUGGUGGAUGAUUAAGUUGUUGCUGUUCAAUGUACCUGAAGCCCAUGAUCCUGUUUCAUAUUUCAUUCUUUAUUUGAUCAUAGAUGAUUCCAUUUUUGAAUCGAGUCAUUUCAUUUCAAACUGAGAUGCGGCUCUGCAUGAUAAAUACUUUUAUCAUGCUAUUUUUUUCCCAAAUCUUUAGAGCAUUUUUGAGUUCAAGCCUCGUCUGAUGGCAAAAUAAAUCAUUUGGUUUUUAGAUAUGUGAAGAUGUUUUAUUUUGUUGAAUGAGAAUGUUAAAAGUGUAUCUUUACUGUUUUACUUACAGUGGCUGUAAACAACUGUAUGCAAUGUAGAAAGCGUAGAAUUUAGCAGAGCUCUGGAUUAAGUGUGGAAGAAAAAUUGUCCUCACACACUACACGAAGUGUAUUAUUUUUUACACACCACAAAAAACACACACUCGCUUAACUAAAUUAAUAAUCAAACAACUUAAGUUUAAUGGGGACCAUUAGUCAUGCCACAAACACGUACUUGCUAAUCAAACAAACGAUAAAACUGUAAUUUCCUUCCAGUCGGUCCCUCUAUUCGUUGUCGUACUCUUGUGGUCCAUCAGGAGCCCUCUGGCUUUUUCUCCUGUUCCAGACAUCUGACCUCCUGCGCUCCUCUUUCCUCCACUUCUACAGUUAAAUCAAGCCUAUUUCAUUCACACUUGUUUGCCUUUGUUACUGGAUGAAUUUCUGAUUCUUCUCCAUGUAAUUGCUAAACUGGCUUCAACAAUAAAACAAUAAAUAAACACUUGAGUUCAUACAAG